AUGUCAAUGAAGGAAACAAAGGGAAAACAAACAAAAGGGAAGCAAAAAAUCGAGAUGAAGAAGGUUGAAGCCUAUGGAGACAGAAUGAUAACGUUCUCCAAACGUAAAUUCGGAAUUUACAAAAAGAUGAACGAAAUCGUUGCUUUGUGCGAUGUCGAAGCGGUUUUCUUGGUUUUCUCUCAAGCCGGAAAACCUUAUUCAUUCGCAAAUCCGUCUAUGGAGGAAGUGGUUAGCCGGUUAAUGAACCCUUCAAACCCUGAAUCAUCCGCAAAAGACGAUAAUAGCAAUACUAGACCUCUAGUCGAAGCUUAUAAGAAGAAACAGAUCGAAAGCAUAAUGCAAAAAUACAUGGAGCUUCUUGAGGAGCUUGACAUGGAGAUUGAGAAAGCGAAAUUGUGCAACGAAUCGAGAAACGAAAAGGAGAUAGACAAAAUGUGGUGGAACUUUACUUCAAAAGACUUGAGCGUGGAGAAGCUGGAGCAAAGGCACCAACCGUUUUUUGAGCUACGUGAUCGCUUAUGCGAUAUGAGGCUCUCACGGUUGGGAAAAGACGGUGAUGGUUCAUCCUCUGGUUCGGAAGGACGUCAUUGUGGUGGUGGAGAAGCAUGA